AUGAAGUUCUCUUUUUUCUGCUCAAAGUGUUUAUUUCCCCCAGCAGGAAUCAUCGAUGAUAGUAACAUAGCCGGUGUGCAAUUUCUUAAAAAUGUCCACACCUUCUCGUACCAAGAAUUGAAAGUCGCCACCAAUGAUUUUCAUCCCUCCAGUAAAAUUGGUGAAGGCGGAUUUGGCGCUGUUUACAAGGGAAGAUUAAAUGACGGAAGAGAUGUGGCCGUGAAAGUUCUUUCAGUCGAAUCAAGACAAGGUGACAAGGAGUUCAUGGCUGAGCUAUCAUCAGUCUCCAACAUUAGUCAGGAAAAUUUGGUGAAGUUGAACGGCGGUUGCAUUGAAGGCCGUCGUAGAAUUCUUGUUUACGAUUACAUGGAACACAACAGCCUCGCUCGUAUCUUGCUAGAUGACAAAGCCAGAUCAAAAUUGGAUUGGAGAGUGCGGAAAGAAAUUUGUAUAGAAAUUGCAAGGGGACUUGUCCAUAUUCAUGAAGAGGUUAAACCGCACAUUGUACACAGAGACAUCAAAGCAAGCAACAUACUUUUGGAGAAGAACUUUCAUCCACGGAUUUCAGAUUUUGGAUUAUCGAAGCUCUUUCCAGAACAUGUUUCUCACAUUACUACACGAGUGGCCGGAACUUUAGGUUAUAUUGCUCCGGAAUAUGCGGUCACCGGUCAUCUAACGCGGAAAUCAGACGUGUACAGUUACGGAGUACUGAUUUUGCAGAUAGUCAGUGGACGAUCGGCAGUUGACUUCGAUCUAGAACUUGGAGAACACUAUCUUGUCCAAAAGGCAUGGGAAAUGCACAUGGACAACAGACUCUUAGAUAUAGCGGACUCGACACUUCAGCAUGAUGGCAACUUUUCAGAGAAGGAAGCUCUCCAUUUUCUAAAGGUGGGUCUACAUUGUGUACAAGAGAAAUGCAACCUCAGGCCAAAAAUGUCAGCAGCCAUUGAAAUGAUGAUGAUCGAUCAGAAUGAUCAGAUCAAAGUGAAUGAUUUCAACAACGUGGAAAUAAGGCAGCCAGGAGUGAUCAUCAAUAAUAUGGACUUGAAAAUAGCGCGGAGGAAGAAUGAAAGAAGCUCAAAAUUAAGCAUUAGUAGCAUGCAAUGCCCACAAGUGUACCCUUUUAAUACUAGAGUUUAAUUAAUUGUCGGGUACAAUAUGUAUAAUCUUUGUGUGU